AUGAAGCAGCAACUAAAUGAAAAGAUAUUAAAAGCAAAAAGUGCUAUAGAAAUUGAUAAUAUAAUUCAAGAAUAUUUCACUACUCCAAUUUACCCAUAUAAUAUAUCAAUUCAUAACUUAGUCAAGUUUGAAUUAGCCAAUUUAAAAAGACGAAAAGAAGUUAUUAAAGUGCGUAUUAUUGAAAAUUUACAUAAGAAUUUGGAGGCUGCUAUAGCUGAAGUUUUAUAUACAAAUACUCAAAA